AUGUUACACUUAGUGUUGCGUGCUCGCGCCCUCACGCUGAAGCAUCGGACCUUCAGGACCCUUAUCAGCCACGGUUUCGCACCAACUGGCAAGGAGUACCUAACCAGUGGAAUCACAGGGGAGCCGAUUGAAUCCUACAUCUUCUGUGGCCCAAUCUACUACCAGAAGCUGAAGCACAUGGUAGUGGACAAGAUGCAUGCCCGUGCACGCGGGCCACGGAUGUUGCUCACCCGGCAGCCUACAGAAGGUCGUGCCAAAGAAGGAGGCUUGCGGCUGGGAGAAAUGGAAAGAGACUGCCUGGUGGCCUACGGUGCUUCCAACCUAUUGCUGGAGCGUCUCAUGCUUUCCAGUGACGUAUGCAAUCCAAAUGUUUGCAGAAAGUGCGGCCUCUUUUGCCGACCUGACUGGUGCAAGCUUUGCAGCAGCGCAGAGUGGGUGACCAACAUUCGUCUGCCGUAUGCUUGCAAACUGCUCUUUCAAGAGAUGCAAGCCAUGAAUGUGACGUGCAAGCUGAGCCUGGCUGAGCGGUGA